AUGCGUUUUGCGAUGGGCGCGACACCCUCCUCACCAUCGCUCGAAAUGACCAGGGUGCGUCAAAAAAAGCCAAGUUUGCACCAAAAUAUCUCGCUUAUAGUAGAGACACGAAGGCGGUCAAUGAAGCGUCGCCAUUCAGCUACCAGCUCUCCCCCUCCCCGUUUGCCCUUGCCAUUUCUAGCCUUUCCUCCCGUGCUACGAGAAGCCAUCCACGGCCACCUAGGCUUCUGGGAGAAGCAUCAUCUUCGCGCCACCACCUCUCAGCUGGCCUCCGAAAAAAUUGGCGCAAAAACACGUCAGUACUGGCCAGCGAACAAUUAUGUGGAGGAUAUCAUCAUCUCUGCCAACAAAAAGGACAUGCGGUUUGUUGGCUUGACGCGUUGCGGUGAAGUGGGGUGGUUGUGGUCGGACGGCAGCUUCCACUUCUAUUAUGGCACCUAUAAAACGAUGGCUCGAAAUCAAGGCGGCCGGCGGAUCAGAUGUAAAGGACGCCUUACUGACAUCGUUCGGACGCCAAUGACCGAGCGCGGCCGGUCGUCGAGUUUCAAAAUCGAAGGAUUCGAUGGUGAGCGUGCUCUGACUGUCGUGAAUCAUUUUCUACGUGGAAUGAAGUCUGGUGCCGUGGGGUUGUAUGUUUGGCCGGAAACGUUGGAUGGGGAAUUGUUAUUCCCGCUGGGACGUCUCACCAUUCUACGCAUCAAUAGUCCGUCGAUGAUUUUUAAGAUAUGCCCCGAAAUGGCAUCGAUUCAAUUGAAAUGGCUGUUUCGAAACGGAUUUCCGUUGGAUAACCUUGCGGCUGUUCAGGCACUACGCUGUGAAGGACUUGGACAUGGGCAGCACUGGUUCAGCGAUUUAUGGCGGUUUUUGAACGUGGCGACAGCAGCCCAGUACUCGAAGAUGCUUUUUCAAUUCGACGGCUGGCGGUACAUCACUGAUGCCGUACGGGUAGUUCGCUCGAUAGCGCGUUGGUUCGACGAGAAUCCCGUGCAGCCAGAUAGAAGCAGAACAAUUGUCGUCACAUUCACCAUUAUAGUCAAAAGAAAGGAUAUGGAAGUGCUGCGCCAGUACCAACUUCGCAUGCUGCCAAAGCCAACCCGGCCCGAGAUAGAGAUUGGAUUGUCAGUUGUCCGCCGCCGCCGUGCCGAGUGGCUAUUCACAUUUUGUUUGGCCGAAAAAGCCAGUCUUUUCUUUCCAUAUGCGGCACCAAAUACGACACGUAUCUUUCCGAUGGGUUUCCGAAUGAUGAUCGCUGGCGCGGCCACAGAA